CCAAGAAAUACACGCCUGAACAAUUAAGAGAAUGGGGCUGGGAUACUCGCUUAUUAGGAGAUAAUGAAAGUGCUCCGUUAACCGAUUUAGAAAAAAGAAAACCGCAAGAAGCGGCACCCAAUAAGCAGUCCCAGUCCGAAAAUGCCGAGCAGUCAGCCGAGCAACAAAAAAAUCUCCAAGAAGUAAUUGAAGAGACCAAAAGCCAAUUAAUCGAGCAAUUACAAGAAAUUCAAGAGCAAAUUAACGAAAGCAUUGCUCCUUUGGAAAAAACGACGGCUCCCCAAGAAGAUAGCGAAAGCGAAGAAGAAAAUGAGGAAUUAAGGGAAGAAUUGGAAAAAAAGGAAAUUAAAUUAAAAACCGAACGAUCCCAAGCCAAGGCUAAACUCACGAAAUCUCGUAAUAAACAACAAUCCUUACAACAACAAAAAGCCGCCACUAAAUCAGAAAUCAUUAAGGAACAAAAGAACCUGAAAAAAAUCGAGCAAAAUUUAG